GUUUAUCAUCUCCAUAGAAACUCAGUGUUCCGUGUUGCUCUCGGGUGCAGACAGUGACAUCUUACUGCCUCAAAAUGAGUAUUCUUAAUGAAGGAAGGAAUGAAAUACGCUUCAACAAUUCAAACAGUCAGUGUUUAAUAGAAAAUUGGGUAGAAGAGAGAGCUGUGAAACAAUUUGAUGAGGUUGAAGAUGACACCAAUAUAACAAGCAGUGCUCAGAAAUUUAGGGAUGGACAUCUGGGAGUAUUGACUACUGACUUUGAUGCCAAUGCAGAGAAACUAACCACUGUUCGAGCAUCAUACAAAAGACCAGAGCCAUGUGGAGUGAGGCUUGUUGGAAAAAAAGAAGAACUUAUGAAACAAAUGUUAUUAGAAAAAGUCAGUCAAGAAGUGUUUCGUGAUGAUAUCAAUCCUCCUGAGCCUGAAACUACAGAUUUCCGAUCAGUGACGAUGAAAGAUUUCAACAAAGAGGAAUUUAAGCACGUAAAACCAGCCCCUACACGGCCACACGACUACCGUAAGGAUCAGCCUGUCAGCUUUUGGUCAGAGCACAAAGAUAGAAUCACGGGCGUCUCACAAGUCAAGACACGGGACACACCAUUCAGGAAAAAUGAUGCCUUCUCCAAACCAAUUGAUGAGUACUGGGAUGAAACAGGUCCAUAUGAACUUGAGAACUACCCCAAGAUGUAGUAAAAUUUAAUUCUGUUACCAACGCUGCAUGCAUGUGUAUGGAUGAAUGUGUGAAUCUGAGAAAUAUUUCAGCCUGAGAAGAAAACUAUACAACAGAACUUUAAUGCUUACUGAACUAAGAGUCUUUGUUUAUGCUGAAAGAUAUACUGCUUCAUUGAUUUUAAAAUUCAGCAUUUCAGCAGUGAUCAGAACUUGUAUAUGUAUAAGACCGUGAUUUCAGGCCUAAACAUAGUGUUAUGUGAAUACAGACCUUGAAAGUCUUAAUUUGUUGAGGCUCGUCUGAAAUUGAAAUAAGAUCACAUGUAGGUUGAUCAUUAUUUCAUAUACAAUGUACAAGCAACUCUAGAUCUGGUAUAACAGUGUAAUAAUAUCGUAACAUACCAUGUAACUUUUAAUAUUAAAUGAAUAUGGUAUAUGAUAAAGAAAUGUUUGAAACUUGGUGUUGUUCAAACAUCUGAUGCUGAGGAGAAUGGCCUUGAAUGAAAAUGACUGAUAUUAUUUUACAAAAGAAUUUUUUUUACAAGAUUUCUUG